AUGGCCAGCUGUGGAGGCACGGCCCAACUGCUGGUGGGCCGUUUCGGAUGGAGAAGAUGGAUGCAGGCGCGGCCCAACAGUGCCCAACAAUGCUGGUCCAGCCUCUACACAGCCGCUUGUGGCGCUCCAAACUUGCGACAGGUGCCUGCGCAGCUCAGCGCGCAGCCGGGUGACCGCUCCAUCGGCUGGUCUACUUGCAUGCCUUUGGCCGGUGCUUCGAGUGCUGCUGCCCACGGCGCCCAGUGCGGCGCGACAGCUUCACGGGGCCCCACGGAAUCAGCCCCACGGCAUCAGUCUGUCACUGCCGACGGCAACCGCGUAGGUGAGAGUGGCUCCCUGGUCGAACGCCGGCCAGAAGCCAAGGUAGCCUUGCUGGGUGGAGAGAACGUUUUCCCCGGUGGCCUUUCUCAAGGCGCGGCUGCGCGGGUCGCGCGGGUCGCGCAGUGGCUCUGGAGGCUGAGCGCUCGGAAGUGUGGGGUGCCCAGUGAUGCCCUGGGCUUCGAGGGCACGGAUGAGGUCCAAAGCCAGCGGCCAGUGCUGCGGCCACAAGUGCAGAGGCUUUCACAAGAAGACUUCGUGGUGGCCUUGCACCGCCUGUGUGGCUAUCCUGCCGACCAGCGUCCGUACAACUUCAUUCAUUUGCCUUGGAAGCAACUGGCCGUGGUGAACUUCACCAGUCACGACGCUUGUGAUUUCUGCUUUCGCGUGAUGAAAUGCCUCGCAGGGGUGCCGGGCGUGCCCGUGGCCGAUGUGCGCGAAGGUUUGCAUCAGGGACUCGAGGCAAACUUGGCCCAUUUCUGUGCCAAGUGCUGCCAGAUGAGCACCUACGAAACCCUCCCAUUGGUCUUCGUGAACAAUGAGGAGAUUCCAUUGACCAUGGCAUGCCAAACUCUUGUCACGGAUGAUAUGCUCCUGGAGUUCUUGGAAGAACUUCCCGGCUCAAAGACACGGAGGGCCAUGAAGGGCAAGGCUUUGGCCUCCAAGGCACCGAAGGCCAAGCGCAUCAGCCCAUGCAACACGCCGCCCGGCCUGGAGCCGCGGACUCCUCCAAUGACUCCUCCAAUGACUCCUCCGAUGGACAUCAUGGACGAUGCGCGCUUUCUCAUGCCCAAGUUUGAACUUCGAGGAUCUGACAUCGUCAUUCAGCUCUGA